CUGUUUUCAAAAUCUACCGGUCGAAGUGGGUCAUUCGCGAAUAAGUCUUGAACUUUUUCUUACCAGGCUCACAAUUUGCUGUGAUAAUGGUUGGGAAGGAACAGUAUCUGGUUGUCGUCUCCAUACUUGACGGAAGAAGAUUUCCAAAGAGAGGCAAAAACAAAUUGAUUGUUGAAACCAAGUUUGAUGGAGAACUGUUGUCUACUGAUCCUGUGGAUCACAUUGAGACGCCAGAGUUCUCUACAGAGCUGGCCUGGGAAUUGAGUAAAAAGGCAUUGCAUCAACACAGGUUGCAGAGAACGCCCAUUAAAUUACAGUGUUAUGCAGUCGAUACACUUACAAAUGCACGAGAAAAUGUUGGCUAUGUUAUGUUAGAUUUGAGGACUGCUGCAUUCCAGGAAGACAUACUGGCCAAAGCACCUGUUCAAUCACGUUGGUACCCUUUACUUAACACUAAGUAUGCUAGACUAAAACCAGAAGUGCGAAUUAGUAUUACACUUGAAAAUGACAAUCAGCAAGAAGAAAGCUUCAAAGCCAGAGGGGCUCCUCCCAGAAAAGCACAAGGUCAGCCUGACUCUGAUGAAGAGCUUGAUGUGAAAAUGUUACAACCAGUUUUGAAUGAUUUAGAAGGCUAUUAUCAAAUCGGGCCUGAGCAUAAAUGUUCUGACAUGUUUGUGAUGUCCGUUACUAUUGGAUUUGCUGCAAACCUGACACAGCUGGUUCCAUCAUCAAUGUCAUUACCAGCCAGAGACAGCGGAUUUUUCUUUUACUACAAUAUGUUCGGCAAUGAUGUUACGAAUGAAGUAUUCCACGAUUUGUUAAAUCCCACCUUUCCUGCUGAAAGGGCGUCCGUUAGACUUCGCAGCAGUCCUGCCGCACUUCAGUUGUAUUUUGUUAGUCAACCCAGUCUACAGGCAUAUUUGUGUGUGGGUGACCAGUCGCUAGGAAAUGCGACUAUACCGUUAGCCGGAUUGAUGAAAAAAGACAACAUCCCUCUGCUUGAUACCCAGCCAGUGGCCAUAGAGGGCGCUUUUCGACUUAUCCCACCACAGCGUACGCAACAACAGUUACCACCGGUGCCCAUUGAUUUAGCACCUGUUGUUGGAGUGUCAGUUUCAUUAAGAAGAGAGGAAAUCUCGUUAAAAGCUCCUGUUAUUAUGCCAACUCCUCAAACCCCAGAAAAGCAGUCAAUGGACCAGAAAGCAGAGAAAAUAACAACCCCUCAAAAAUCACAACAAGAACAACCCACAAAGCUCAAUCAUUCCCCUCCUGAGAAGUUAGAGCGCCCUCACCAGGCUACUUCCCCACCGAAUAGUCUUGGAAGCUAUACACCGAUAGAUGAUAGCAAAACCACUAGUGAUGAAUUAAGUAGUUUAACGCUGGAAGAUAAAGACGUCAAAAGAAGAAAAGAUGGUGAAAGACCAAAAGCAAAUAUUGGUGUAGGAUUAGAACCAGAAAGUAACAGUACCUCCUCCCAUCCCGUCCUUGCCGUGGAUGCUGCGGCCCAUCAUUAUUCUUUCUCCAUUGAUUUAAGAAGUAUCAAAGAUGUUGACACACCAACUGCUGUAAAUAUAUUUCUCAGGUAUACAUACCCAUUCUUUGGUAGUUCAGCUCCAAUCAUGACGCACCCACCAGUGGAAGUGAGACGAAACACCGAAGUACUUCUUCCUCAUUCUUUCUGCGCUUUUGACUUUGCUACAGCAUCACAACAACUGAAAGAGACAUUUCUCAGAAUUCCACUAUUGGUUGAAGUAUGGCAUAGAGAUAAAAUGACGCAGGAUGCUCUCCUCGGAAUUGCAAGAUUUUCAAUGGUUCAUAUUCUGAAUGCAGAGAAAGCUAGAGUAGCUAGUAAGUUUGAAGGUUCUCCCCAGGGUUGGAGACAGAUCUACAGCGAAAGGGUACCCGUUGAGUCAACUGACGGUAAACAACGUAAGAUUGCUGAACUUCAUUUGGUAGUUGGAUUGGAGGACUAUGGACCAAUUAACACCAGAGAAGUCUUACUAAGUACGGAACCAUCUCAGAGUAGUACAACUGAAAUCAAACCUAAGGAGCCUAAACGUGAUGAUGUAGAGAAAGCUAAGGAUGCCAGAGAGACAUUGGAGUAUAAAACAGCAAUGGAGUUAGAGAUGUGGAAGGAGGCACAGGAAGAAUUGUAUGAACAACAGUUGAAGGACAAAGAAGUGCUGCACAUGAAAGCACUGGCCGAAGAAUGGAAGAGACGAGACAAGGAAAGAGAGCUUCUCGUCCGGAAAAAGGUUGACGAGUACGGUAGAUUAGAAGAUCAGUUAAGACUGGCGAUUACAGACGUAGAGAGACGAGAGAGACAGCUGGCUGCCAAUGAAUCUGAGGUGAUGAGACUAAAGUCUGAUUUACAAAGAGAUUAUGAAAGAAAACUAGCAGAGAUCAAAGAUGCAUCGCAUCGAAUGAAAGAAGACUGUAUCCAUCAAGUUGAAAUGGAAAGGUCUAAAGUCCGUGAUUUGGAAGAACAAAAACAAAGACUCCAAGAGCAGUUAACAAUGUCAGAAAGGAAAAUUGAAGAAAAAGAGAAGGACUUCCAGGUGUACAGAGGGCAGAUAAACACCAAACCUGAAGUUAGGCUACAGUCAGAAAUCAAUCUUCUGACAUUAGAAAAGGUUGAACUAGAGCGAAAGCUGGAUGCAAUUACAAAAUCAAAACUGCACUACAAACAGCAGUGGGGUAGAGCCUUGAAAGAACUAGCAAGGCUGAAACAAAAGGAACAAGCAGAAGCCAGGACACGACUCAAACGACAGCAGCAAGAAUUAGAACACAUGCGACUGAGAUACUUGGCAGCCGAGGAAAAGGAAGUCGUCAAGUCUGAAAAAAAAGAGUUGGAAGAAAUCAAAGGUGAACUCAGCAAAUUUCAGCAAGAACUUCAACAACAGAAACAGCAGGCAGAAGCCAAACCAGCUGAAGAACAUAUAUUAAAAGUUGUACAGCAUGAUGAUUUAGAUUCCAGUCUUGACGAACACAUCGGACGAUUGGUUGAAGAGAGAGACACGUUACUCAGAACAGGUGUUUACUCGCACCAAGAUAGAAUCAUUACAGAACUUGACAAACAAAUCAGGGAAGCCAUAGCAAGUAAAUCAUAAACUAAAAAUCACUACCAAGUUGGAGCGAAAUAAUAACUCUUAUAAAAAGCUGUGAGCUACAUUUUUUGCCCCCUCCUCCCAAUUAUUUAUGUUUUUGGCAGUCCCAUGCAUCAGUUAUAAACAUGCACAUCACACUUUUUUAUUAAAGAAUUUUCAAGAAAAAAUAAAUUUACUGACAAUUUCAGAAAAUAAUAAAUAAACGUUGUAAGCAAACAUUUUUCAGAACCAUUGUUGUGUUAUAAAUUGAGAAGUUUUUCCACAACAAUAAUAAAUCUUCCAUCUGUCUAAAAGCAGUUUACAUGUGCAUAUUCUAAACAUUAUACUUGAAGAAUUUACA